AUGCAGAUGCCUGUAUUUCUAACUGAACCUCCACAGAUUCAGACAAGUCCGUCACCAAGGAAACAGAAAAAACGUACAAAACGAACACGGACGAACGGUUACGUUGGUGAUGAAACUUUGGCGCUAGCACUUGUACCGGAAGUAAUGACCGUUAGAUCUUCACGCAAUGAAAAACACCAGGGAAAUCAACAAGACACCUCAAGAUCGGAAAAAAAAAAAUUUCAAAGGGAAAGGACUCAGUUAGGUGAUAAAGUGGAGAUUAAAGUUGGAGACAACCUCAGUGAUUCAGGAGAUGGUAUAACAGAAGAUUUAAUUGAGCAGACUAUCGUUGAUGUGGAUGAUACUAAUAAAGAAGAAGAGGUCGCUGUUUUAACUGACGCGUCUACGUCAACGAGCGGAGAUGACACGGCUAGACAGCCUGCCCUGUUUGCCGCCGACGUCCGUGCUGGUCUGCAGAGGGCUUACCUUGAAGGCAUAGAGUAUAUGCGACUAAAGAUCAAAGAAACAGAAGAGGAACUUACACAGAUAAAGUUGAGCUUUUAUCAAUGUGAGGAAGCAGAUGAUGAAAACUAUGAGAACUAUCUGGUACAGUGUAACGAGCAAUUUCUACAAGCAAACAACGAUCUACGGAGAAAGAACGUUAAGUUAAAAGUAAUCGACAGUGAGAUGGAACUGGUUUCACUGUUAAACCAACUUCGGGACAAAAUGGAAGUUGACAAAGGCGAGAUAGCGUUCUUGUCGGAAUUCUGGGAGAACUUGAAGAGUACGAUGGAAAGUGUGAAGGUACUUGUGAAUAAGUUCAAAACAAGUGUCGUAGAUCGUUUGCGUGGAAACUGUAUUAGUUAUAACAAUGGGGAUAUUCACUUGGAUGUGUCGGAAAGAUACACUAAAGAAAUUAAAAAUUAUCUGGAAGAGCUAGAGCUACAACUUGAAAAUACAUUACAACUUAUUCAAAGUUUUGCUAAUGGAAUACACCAGGAUUUAUUCUCCCAUACGAAAUUCACGGAAGGUAUUCUUGUGGCAUGUGAUCUCAAAGCCUUCCCGAUACUUCGACUAUUUCCGGAUCUUACGGAAAAAGUCGAGGCAAUGUGCUCAACGGCAUUUGUUUGGUUAGACCGGGACGAACGCUAUAUGUACGAAAUCAACGAUUACAUACGAGAAACUAGAACAAUGACAAAGAAACGAGUAGAAGACCUAAAGGUCCAGAAGGAGAAAAUGAAGAAAUUCGAAAAAGCCGUGAAAUCAGCAAAUAUUAUGUUACAUAAUAACAAAGAAAAACUUCAGAAAUUGGAAUCGGAUCUUAAUCAGUUAGAGCUUACAUUUAAUGCAUAUAAACAGCAAAUGAACUCAAAGUGUGGGGAAAAGUCUCAGAAGGAAAGUAUGGUAGAUUUUCUAAAAAUAACUCUAUCUCAAACGAAGAAGAACUACAACUUACAACUGAAGAGACAGAGGUUGUUAAAGCAGGUGGAAUCAUUGGAAGACUUUUUGAAAAGUCUUGAACGGGAUUUAAGUAGUGUUCAAACUAAAAUACAAGAGAAAGCACAACAGAAAGACAUAUUGGCAGUGAAACUAGAGACCAAUGAAAAGUCCUACGGUGCCCUGAAAACUGAUCUUGAAAGUUUUACUGACAACCUAGACAAACUUGAGCAAGAAGUUAACGGACUAUCAGGACAGUUGUUACAGCUGGAAAUUAUUCAGACUUUUAAAUCUUCUCCAGAGAACAUAGAUGGAGUGUUUGAUCGGCCACAAUCUGUGAAACUAGCCCCUUCUCUCAAAGAGAAAAUCAAGAGAAAAAGAAAAAUAAUGCCCCCUGUUCAUUGAUGUUAACAUUGAAAUACCGGCAAUUGUUUGAUAUUUAGAAUAUUGGACCGAUUACAUCACAAAGCAUGUCAGAAAAUGGUUUACCAUCGCAUAAACUGAUGUGUUUAAACUCCACAAAAGUUAUUUUCUAAGUGGACCGAAUAAAUGGCAACCCUUUAACUUGAGAAAAAGUUUCUGUAACACAUGCAUACUAAAUACCAUAGAGUAGUUUUAGUUAAGAUUUAACAGUUGUGAGUCAAAUCAUCAAAAUGGAAAAAAACUGCGGGGGAAAAAUGUGUGCUCAUUAUUGCAUGUGCAAAUGUUUUUAAGCAGAAAAAUGAGAUAACCUUAUUAUAAAUGCCACAAAGUCUUCCGUUCGAAACAGCUACUCCAAACUGAUAUCAUUUCUGAUUUAUUACCGCCGAUAAAAUAUGCUGUAAAUUAGACAGAAGACAUAGCUUAUACAGCAAAACAAAGAUACGAGGUAUAAAUUAACAAGCACAUGUUACGAAAUGUUACGGACUUUUCAAGGACAGUCAAAGACUUUAAUUUUUGUAUUUAAGAUGUUAAGAACUUUGACUGAUACAAAAAAUACAUGGACUUUUUUAAUGCAAUGAGCCAAAACAACAUUCGGUUUCUUUUUUAUUACGUGAUCGACAUUGCAAGCGGAAGUACGAAAGUAAGGCAUCUAAAUAAAUAUGCCGGCCAUUUGUUAAACAUUUCACACAUUACCUUCCUUGUUACCGUAGGAAAAGUAGUUCAUUUUUAAAGCCUCUUAUUUAGUAUGGAUAUUUUCGAAAAUCAUUCUUUAAAAACAUGUAAUUUUAGUUAAAGAAACUUAUAGAUACAAUGUGUAUUGCAUUUGAAGUGAAAAGAAUAUUGCAUAUGUAGUGAACAGAGUUUCCUUAUUUCCGACAAUUUCUAUUCUAUAACGUUAGUAACAGAAUAUGAACUAUAUCUCCAUAUUUUGACAUUUUAUAGAUGAUUUCUGUUGACAGAAAAUGUCUAAGGCUAGCUAAAAUACCUUUACUAAUUACAUUAUCUUUUGAAUUUUUACAAAAUUCAGACAUAAUGCUUAUUUCGUCGCUGUCAAGUUGAGCUGUAAAACUAUUAUAAUUAUGUUUGACAAAUAAUUUUAAAUGACAAAUGUUUAGGACAAAACGUAGAAGCUGCCUGAAAAUAAAAAAGACUGCCCUACUAUUUUUACCAGUUAAACGUUUACAAGAAAUCCUAAAAAAUAUAUAUAAGAUUUCAGCGGGUUAAAUGGCUUAUUUAUUGAUAAUUCAUACAAAGAUUAUGUGUACCAAUCAUGGUAAUAGUAAAAAUAUUUUGACUCACUUGGGAGG